AUGGGCAACUCGCACCACAAGAGGAGCCCCAGCGGCCCCCGGGUCCGCAGCUUCUGGCGGUUCGGGCGGGCGGCGAAGCGAGCUGCAGGCUCUGCCAAGGUUGAGAGUGACAAACACCUAAGUGUGGGGCCCGGCCAGGGCCCAGGGUCCAUAGUAGAUGAGCACCAGGACAACGUCUUCUUCCCCAGUGGGCGGCCACCUCACCUGGAGGAGCUGCACACACAGGCCCAAGAGGGGCUUCGUUCCCUGCAGCACCAAGAAAAACAGAAACUGAGCAAGGGUGGCUGGGACCAUGGAGACACCCAGAGCAUCCAGUCUUCCCGGACCGGGCCAGAUGAAGAUAGCAUCUCCUUCUGCAGCCAGAGUACAUCCUACACAGCCGAGAGCUCCACAGCAGAGGACGCGCUCUCCAUCCGCUCGGAGAUGAUCCAGCGCAAAGGCUCUACCUUCCGACCCCAUGACUCAUUCCCCAAAUCUGGAAAGUCUGGACGGCGGCGGCGGGAGCGGCGCAGCACGGUGCUGGGACUGCCACAGCACGUACAGAAGGAGCUUGGCCUGCGGAAUGAGCGUGAAGCACCAGGUACUCCUCGGCCUCCUGGUCCACGGGAUGCUGUACGAAUCCCCACGGUGGAUGGCCGCCCAGAGGACCCCGCCUCUGGGUCUGGGGCCCGGGUGUCCCUGCAGGCUCUGGAAGCGGAGGCUGAUGCUGAGGCAGAGGCCAGGCUGCAGCGCCACAUUGAUCGUGUCUACCGGGAUGACACCCUCGUUGGCAGGUCCACUGGGGCCCGACCUCCGCCACUGACACGGCCCAUGUCCCUGGCAGUGCCUGGAAUGACAGGAGGGGCUGGACCUCCAGAGCCCAUGAGCCCAGCCAUGUCCAUCUCACCUCAGGCCACUUACUUGUCGAAGCUGAUCCCACAUGCCGUGCUGCCACCCACUGUGGACGUGGUGGCGCUAGGCCGCCGCAGCGUGCGCACACUGAGUCGCUGCAGCCUGCUCUCCAGCCCUGCCUCUGUCCACUCACUGAGCCGCUUCUCCUCGGCCUCCAGCCCGUGGCCCCGCAGCCGCCACCCAUCCUCCUCCAGCGACACCUGGAGCCACUCUCAGUCCUCUGACACCAUUGUGUCCGACGGCUCUACUCUCUCCUCCAAGGGCGGCUCUGAGGGCCAGCCGGAGGGCUCUGUGGCUAGCAACACCAUGGCACCUCCUCCCCAGGGGGGCAGCGGGCGGGGCUCGCCCAGUGGGGGCAGCACUGCUGAAGCCUCAGAUACUGUCAGCAUUCGGAGCAGCGGGCAGUUGUCUGGCCGCAGUGUGUCCCUACGUAAGAUGAAGAGGGCCCCACCCCCUCCCCGCCGGACCUACUCACUCCAUCAGCGGAGCUCAGUGGCCCCGGAUGGGCCACUGGGGUUGCCUCCAAAGCCCGAGCGGAAGCAGCAGCCACAGCUGCCACGGCCACCCACCACUGGUGGGUCAGAAGGGACGGGGGCAGCACCCUGUUCAUCCAACUCGGCAGGCAGCUGGGUGUCUGGCUUGUCUCCAAGUGGUUCCCGGCGCCCCCCACGCUCCCCAGAACGGACGCUGUCACCCUCCAGUGGCUACUCGAGCCAGAGUGGUACCCCUACUCUCCCUCCCAAGGGUCUAGCUGGGCCCCCUGCUUCCCCAGGCAAGGCCCAGCCUCCUAAACCAGAGCGUGUCACUUCCCUUCGAUCUCCUGGGGCCUCUGUCUCCUCCUCCCUCACGUCUCUAUGUUCUUCUUCCUCCGACCCAGCUCCCUUAGACAGGUCUGGUCCACACACCACCCUGGGUGACAGGUUUGUCAUACCUCCUCACCCCAAGGUGCCUGCCCCCUUCUCCCCACCCCCCUCUAAGUCCAGGAGCCCUAACCAAGCUGCCCCUGCUCCAGCUGCCUCUGCUCUGAUCCCUGGGCCUGUCUCUACUGCUACUGCUGGUCCCGAGUCUCCACCCUCAGCAACUCCCCAGACAUCCCGGGCCCUACCACAGCAGUCCCCGACUGCCUCCAAAGACCAGUCACCCCCACCAUCCCCACCUCCCUCUUAUCAUCCACCCCCACCACCCUUUAAGAAGCCAGAGGUGGCUGAGGAGGCCCCAUCUGCCCCAGAGACUGCCGAGGAGCCCCACCCAGAUCCCAACUGGCCCCCACCCCCGCCUCCUGCAGCCGAGGAGCAGGACCUGUCCAUGGCUGACUUCCCCCCACCAGAGGAGACCUUUUUCUCUCUGACUGGCUCUGAGCCUCCAGACCCUUCAGGCUUCCCAGAGCCUGCCAGCUCCCUGGCUGCUUCACCUUCCUCCGCUGCCAUCUCUUCCCAGAUCCAGCCCCACAGUACCCCAGACCCUCCUCCAGCUCCACCAACCCCAUCUCCUGGUUCUGUCGCAGGGCUUGUGACCAAACUCCCUCAGAAGGAACCUGUGGGCUGCAGCAAAGGCAGUGGGGUUCCCAGGGAGGAUGGUGGUGCACCCCUGGUCACGCCCUCACUCCUGCAGAUGGUACGCCUGCGCUCUGUGGGUGCUCCUACGGGGGCUUCAGCCCCAGCAUCAGGGCCAGCGGCCCCCCAGAAGCCACUACGAAGGGCCCUCUCAGGGCGGUCCAGCCCCGUGACUGCCCCCUCCUCAGGGCUCCAUGCUGCCGUCCGACUCAAGGCCUCCAGCCUGGCUGCCAGUGAGGGCCCUGUAAGUGCCCAACCCAAUGGACCACCUGAGGCAGAGCCACGGUCUCCCCAGUCCCCUGCCUCUACGGCCAGCUUUAUCUUCUCCAAGGGCACUAAGAAAAUGCAGCUGGAGUGGCCUGUGUCCCCAGAGAACCCGACUGACCUCCAGCGUAAUCUGGUGACCGAACUUCGGAAUAUCUCAGAGCAACGGCCACCCCAGGCCACAAAGAAGUCACCUAAAGCACCCCCACCUGUGGCCCGCAAGCCCUCUGUGGGGCUCCCCUCACCCAAUUCCCCCAGCUUUCCUCGGGCUGAGCCCCUUACUGCUCCUCCCACCAACGGGCUCCCUCACGUUGAGGACAGGACUAAGGGGGAGCUGGCUGAGAAUGGAGGUGUGCAGCCUGUGGGCUCAGAGGAGCAGAAGAUGGGCCUGCCCAACUCAGACCCACAGAAAGAGCUGGUCUGACCACCAGGCACUCACCGGCACUGCUGACCCAUCCCAGGAAUACAAUCUCAGGGACCUGAGCAGCUCCAAGGAUGAGAGGAUACGGCAGACACAACCUAAGAGAGAGGAUUCCUGCAGCCUUAACCUCCUCUGCCUUUGAUAUUUAUGCAAGCCUGGUGUUGACCCUAUCCUCCAAGUCAUCCUGCUCUCAUGCCUUUUCUGGAAUCCAUCCACCCCUUCACCUCUGGCUGUGGCCUUGGUCUCAUCUUGAAGGAGGUAGCUGGUGGAAGUGGUGGCUGCGCCCCCUGCUGGCCCUGAGGCCACAGAGUUGGUAGAACACCUUUUUUUUCCCCUUUCAUGUUCAAUCAUGCACAUACUGUGUAGUCCAGAAUCAAAGCACUUUUGAAAAGUGGCUGCAUGUCCAUCCUCCGGGGCCCAUGAAACCGUAUUCCAAGGGCCUGUUUACAUGGCAGCAGCACCAAUCCCUGGUGCCAGCUCAUAGCUGGGACCCAUAUGUUCCCUCCUUCCAGUCCAGUUCCUUUUCUUAGUUCUUGGAGGUGGGCAAGUCACUGUAUUCCCACAGGCUUCUCCAGGCUGGAGACAGAGGUGGGGCUGUGGAAUUCCAAAGCACAAAGGGUGCAGUGGGGAUUAGCCUACCUGUGCCUCAAUUUAACCACCAACCACCCUCCUGCCUUCCAGUUCUUCCAGGUGCUCCAUUCAGGGGACAAGAAUUUGGAGACUGCGAGGGCCCAAAAAGGUGGGGGGGGGGAGAAAAAACCACGGGGGAGGUCCACGGGGUCCCUCUAACCUCAGAGAACAGGACAGAGUAGAGAGUUACUACAGUAGGCCUUUGGCAAGGCCAAGCAUCUACCCCUUGUUUCACUUGAUGAAUUGGGGUAAGUGGGCACAGUUCUUCAGAGGCAGGCGCCCAUAGAGUGUGGCAAAGCUGCAUCCCUUUCAGCACUGCAGGAAAUCCUGAGGAGGCAGGUAGAGGGGCUGGCAGCGGGGAGGGCUUACUUGGGCGGUGGGCUCACAGCUGGCCCCAUGGAUUUUCUCUUGACCUUUGUUACUCAUCCUGGUGCGUGUCCUUUCUGCAGCUGCCUGUCAGUACAGGUGCCUCUGCUGGGGCUGCUGAUGGAUGCUCAGUGACAAGGAUGGGAAACCAAAGGUGCAUUCUAUUCUAGGCUCUUCCCUAGUCAAUGAAGGGGACACUCAGUACCCCUAGGGGGCAGACUGGGUGGUUGCCCCCUAGACAUCAGCCCCUAACUGCUAUUCUCCAGGAAUUUCAAAGACCUAUGUUCGGCCAGUGCCACCUGGCAAAGUAAACUGGCUUCCCCAUGGGUUCCUAUGACCCCACAGGGGUGGCCCCAGUGCCUCCUACAGCAGUGUGUCUGCCACCCAGGGCCACCCCUUCUGUCUUGAUUUUCUCUCAACAGUGACUUGGGUUUGAGGUUGGCAAGGAAGCUCGCCUUUAGUUGCUCUCUUCUACUAAGGAGAUGACCCCUCCCUCCCAGAGACCUGGAAACGUAGGGGAUGUGGCACGCGCCCAGGUUUCUCUGGCCUCUCACCACUCUCCUCUUCCUGAGCUAGAAACCAGUGUCCUGCUAGGUGGCGACUGCCACUGCUGGGUACGUGUAGGCCUGCCCAGGGUGUUGGCGGGGAGGACGGUCAGUAAGCACUGCUCUGCUCAAGUCCUUGAUUACCCCUCCACACCCCGGUGACUCCCAGCAGGUCAAAGCCUCUAGGAAGCCAGGCUCUGGUAGCAGCCUUGUAGGUUGGGGGAGCCCAACUUUGCUCUUUCCUGUCCCAUGUCACUGUAGCUCCUUUUUAGAACCCUUUGAGCUUGCUGCCCCACUGGGUGAGACAGUACAGAGAAGGGAGGGUCUAGAAGAGGCAACUGUUCUUUGGGGUAAAUGAGCUUAACUUAGUGCAAAUGGAGAGACCAAAAGCCUGAUUUUUAAUUUCCAUAAAAAUGUUAGAGAAGUAUAUAUAUAUUUCUUUAAAUUGAGUCUUUGAUAUGUCUAUACAAACAAUCCAUUCCCUCUGUCCUGAAGCCUGCGUGAGACACACAGAAGAACUGUGUUUCAUUCAGAGAUGGUAAUUAAACGUUUAAAUCUUGGCUGUGGCUGCUGCGUCUUAGUGGGGAGGGACGGGGCCAUAGUCUGCGCCCACAUUUAGAAGGGAAAAGUUCUGCCUACUGCAAGAUUAGACCCGAGAGGGGUCUUACUGGCUUAAUAACGCCAAAGGGAAAGUUAGAAUGUCAUCCAUCUUAUUUCCCCCCCAUUAGAAUGUCAAAAGUCCAAGAUAGAAUAGCUCCUGGCUGGGUGAGGGGCCCAGUAGCUGGUUCCUAUUUGUGUUCCUCUCUCCUGAAAUUGCCCAGCUUACAGAGAGACCCAUCCAGACCAUCUUGUUCAGAGGUUUUAUUUGAAUUCAUGACAAUGACAGUGAUGAGUAGUGAUUCUGACCGCGAGGUGCCUUAUGGAGAAGUUCCCACCCACUGUGAAGAAAGAGACAGGCUGUGCCAUCCACCUUACUUCUGAUGGUAACAGCAAGAGGGAGUGUCCUGACCUGGCAGGACCAAGGCAAGUUAUAGGAGUCUUGGGGCAAGCCCUGCCCCCUAGUGCCAAGCCUCAGGGUUGGCAGGCAUUGGAGAAAGCUGCCGAGCACUUGGUAGACCACUGGGUUCUUUGUUUUCCCUUCCUUUCCUUUCCAAAUCCCACAAUUUCCUGUUGGGGAGAAGCUGUAAUUAGCUUCAGAUCCCAGCCAGAGGCACAGCUGCAGGGAUAAUGGUAGGAAAACUUGGGAACCAGUAUUUUUCCAAUUAGAAGGAUUGUGGCAUAAACUUUUUCUAAGAAUUCUACUGAAACCAGAUUUCUCAAGUCAGCUGCCAAGGGAGGAGGGCAGCGCUGGACUCCAUGCUGUGUGCUGCGCUGUCACUACCUGGAAGGUCAGCCUCUCCUGCAGCCAGAUGGGAGGGCCCUGGGUUCUGGGGAGGCUAAAGCGCCCCUUACCGAGUUUUGCACCCAACAGAUCCCAAAGUUCUGCUUCAGUGUCCUGGGAGAUGGGUAAAGGGUGAUGGAUGGAGCAACUAAGGACACAGCAGACAACGCAGGAUGAUGCGAGAAGGGAGGAAGAUGCCCGGUUGGUUAGCUAAUGUUCCCCCCUUUCAGUGAUUUACAGGAGAUGGACCCCAGCUUGGUCAUGAAGUUGGUUUGCUUCCACUGGGCAAUGCACUCCUCAGAAAUUUUAAAGUCGGCCUGGACAGGAUUUAAAAAACAAAAACAAAAGUGAUUAGUGACAGCGGUGGGACUACAAGAAAACAAAGACUUUGAUACUAGGGCUAAUAUAAACGGAGGCAAGUUUUCCAAGAGAGCAGUUUGUCAGCAGCUUACACGGUCAUAUCUUUUGACUCAGGUAAGCGCACUUAGGGAUUUAGUUUAAGAAAAUUAUGAAGGCGUAUAAAGAACUGAGCACCAUGGCAUUCUAAUAGUGUAAUACUGAGAACAACUACCUAAUGUCUCAUAAGGUUCUGGUUAAAUUAUGGUAAUUAUGAUCUCCACUCAGUAUUUAAGAAGAUGGAAAAUUUUUCAGCAUAAAAUUAAAGACCAGAAGAAAUAAUCAUUAAGGAUAUUUUUCAGUAUCUCUAAGUGGCAAGACUAUGGAUUAUUUUCUUCAUUUCUCUUAUUUUAUAAAUUUCUACAAUAAAAAAUUAUUUUGUAGCCAGGAAAAAAAAAAAGGAAAAAAAGCCACAUGCAAGAUGGAGAUGCACGGACCACUCACUGCCCUUCAGAAACACUGGUUGAGGAAACAAGGCACUAACUAGAAAAAUCUCACACGUGGUGGUAAUUCCACAAGGACAGGGAAUUUUUGCUACUUUAUUGAUGUAGGCCAAGACCUAGGACAGUGCCUGAGAUAGAUAUGGGACUGAGUGUUGGUUGAGUGAAUGAAUGAACUCAGGGACCAUAGGGGCAGGCUCACUUGUGAGUCAAUGCCCAGAGAGUGGGCGAAGAGCUAAAGUGCUCUAAGUUUGAGGUGGGCAGGGAGGACCCUAGGAGAGUUUUGAUCCUAGCUCCAUCACUCUGGUGACCCUGUGUGGCCUGGGUGGAUAGAUCCGGUGAUUGCCUCCUGUCACAUACUGAAGAUCAAAGGCGGAAAUGUCUGAAGUCCCUUAUACAGUGUCUCAAAUAGCCUGUGAGUGCUCAGUACAUGUGAGGCCCUCACACUCCUCAGCUCCCUCAUUCAGAAGGGCUUGAAUGAAGGAAGGGAGGGGCUUAGAUGCAGGAAGACCCGGCUGGGAAAACGACAGUUGGAUUCAGUAGCAGAGCAGUCUGGGGGUGCAGUCCAGGUAGCAUAGGUGAGAGGGGGACAAUCACAGCUUUUAUACCUGCAACUUCUCGAAGACUUUCUUCUUGGGCUUCAGUUCUUCGUCUGGCUGGCCCUUUUCAUAGCCCUUAACAAACACCCGCUCACCAGGAGCAGAGCCCGCAGGAGGAUCCAGAGGCUCGACUUUGCGGCUUUCCCCUUCUCUGGGGAGACACGAGAGACAAAGCAAGGAUGAAGCUAUGGACUGUCUCUGGCUGCUAUGGAGGCCAAAGCAUUAGUGCCUUUAUGUAGUGGCUGGAUGGAAUUUAGGGUACCCUCAAUGCCAGAAGUUGGUUUGCUUCCACUGGGCAAUGCACUCCUCAGAAAUUUUAAAGUCGGCCUGGACAGGAUUUAAAAAACAAAAACAAAAGUGACAGACCCAGAAGGCUCUGUCCUUACCACUGCCCUGCAGCUCUGAUACCACUAGGGCUGAGUUAACCAGAGCUAACCUGAAAUCCCAUGUCAGGAGAGAUACCAAAUCUGGACUUUUAGGUGAGGCAGAAUGAAACAACAGAGAGCAAGGCCUUCUCAAUGAUGACAGCUCGGUCUGAAUCCUGGCUUUUCUUCUCACUAGCACUGAGACUUGGGAUGUACACAAUUGCUUUGAACCUUCCAGUUCUGUUUUAAUAAAAUUUAUUUGAGGCAAAGUGCUUCACCUAUACAAUAGAUUACUCCUUUGUACAUCGUUUUUUGGACAGUGUUUUCAGAGCUUCCAUGUGGUGCAUGGAAGGGCAUCAUGUUGGCCAACUCCCUACUCUCCUUGGCCUCCCCAGGUCCUGCAGCCCACCCUGAGUGCUCACUCACAUAGAGGCGCACAGAA